CUCCCGCUGUCAGGAGACUGGCUUCUGUCCUCCGCACGCACCAUUCCGUCAGCUCUUCGAGCAGGAGAUGAGUUCGUGCAGUAGCAGGGCGUUAACCCUGCUCUCCUCAGUGUUUGGGGCGUGUGGGCUGUUACUGGUGGGCGUCGCCGUGGCGACAGAUUACUGGUUGCUUAUGGAGGAAGGAAUCGUCCUUCAGCAGAACCAAACCAUCGACGUCAAAAUGGCCCUGCACUCAGGCCUGUGGAGAGUGUGCUUUAUAGCAGGGUCAGAGAAAGGGAGAUGUGUAGCCUCAGAAUAUUUCACAGAACCUGAGAUUGAAAUCACAACAGAGAACACGGCAAAUAUUCUGAAGAUGGUGCGGACGGCCACCCCGUUCCCGAUGGUGUCUCUGCUCUUUGUCUUCACUGCCUUCGUCAUCAGUAACGUCGGCCACAUCCGCCCCCAACGCACCAUCCUCGCCUUCGUCUCCGGAAUCUUCUUCAUCCUCUCAGGCCUGAGUCUGGUGGUGGGUCUGGUUCUUUAUAUCUCCAGUAUAAAUGAUGAGGUGAUGAACAGGCCCAGGGAACCAGAGCAGUUCUUCAACUAUCGCUACGGCUGGUCCUUCGCCUUCGCCGCCAGCUCCUUCCUGCUCAAAGAGGGUGCGGGGGUGAUGUCCGUGUACCUCUUCAUGAAACGAUACGCUGAGGAGGAAAUGUACAAACCCCACCCCGCUCUCUAUCGCCCCCGUCUGUCGGAGAGCAGCGAUUACAGCAGCCAGUACCUCCACCCCGAGACCUGGCCCCCCGCCCAGCGCCCGCGCAGCACUUCCGAAAUCUCCAGCGACAUAUCCAUCCAGCUCACCGAGAACCCCCCGCUGUCCGCCGGCAACGGCCCCCAGCAGAGUGCACCCGCUCAGGGCAUGCCCUCCGCCCCAGGGCCCUCCUCCGGAGCCGGCUACAUGCUGCCCCCUUCCCCCGGGAGAGAGAGCUACCCCCACGGGCACCCCCUCCGCCACGGCCCCUCCCACGGAACUCCCCCCCAGACACUGCCCCUGCCCCCUGCUGCCGUGCCCCCCCCUCAGUACCACACACACAUGUGUAUGAAUGCCUCCCCAUGUUAG